GAUGUACAACUGGGAGCCCAGGAGGUGACAGGAGACUCGUGGGGAAGGAAAAAAGAAAGUACGAAUUCUGGAGAGGAGAGGAGAAGAGGACGUAGAGGGAAUAAGUCGACAAACAGGGAUCCCAAGAGGGAAAGAACAGAUGAGACAAAGAUGGUGUCUGAUAGCGGGACGUGGAGUGACAACACAGAGAAGCAUUAG